AUGGGUAUUGCCGACCUCCUCGACGAGAUUGCCAAUGGGUCGACGUCUCGUCCUGGUGUCGACAAGGUCAUAGAGCCUCCUCCUCCUCCUCAAGCCCCGGAAAGCAGACCCUAUCUUUCGCGUGCUCCCCUGCCUGGUUCAGCCCGUACCACCUACCAAAUAGCAAAGGGCACGACGACAAGUCGUCAGGAAGGUCGUGGUACUCCAGGGGCAGGGGGUCCUCUUCAGACUGCUGCUAGCCCUAGGGGCAACUCCAACAAACAAGCCCCGUUGGCCGUUGCUUCUUCAAGGUACAACAGCCCCAGCGGAUGUCCCACACGGCAGCCCAGGGCGGGCAGCGGCCCCACUCGUACCCCACGCACCACCAGUGCCCGUGCGGAUCCUCUCGCCAAGCCGAACCGAAACCCGGGUCCUUCCGACCGCCGUUCGCCUGCUACUUCUCAACCGCCUGUCCGCAAGCAGCAAACCACGAAGCCUGCGAAGCCCAGGGAACCCACAGACAGUACUGCCACCAAAAAGCCUACUACUGCCACCAAAAAGCCUACUACUGCCACCAAAAAGCCUACUACUGCCACCAAAAAGCCUACUGUCACCAAAAAGCCUACAACUGCAUCGUCCUCUCGUGCCGCUGCUCCGUCUAUCACGGCCGAAUCCAAACAGCCGCCCCAACCCGUCGACGGACCCGUCACACCUCCGGACGACCCCGACACAACAGAUUGCGAGUCUCUGUUCGGCGAUUCUCUGUUUGAAAGCAUUGAAGAGCGCCCAAAGCCCGCUCGUUUCCGUCGGGGCAAAGGCUCGCAGCUGAAGAAGAUCAUCGGCCAGACAAAACGCGAAGCCACGUUUCGGAGACAAACACAGGCACAGCUUCAAGCUGAAGCCGCCACACGAGCCGCGGAAAAGGCCAAAGAAGCAGAGAUUGAGGCUGAGAGACGGGCAAAAUCCGCCAAAAGUGCCGGAGCCGCGAGAGAAGCUAGGGAGCUCGCCGCGAGAUCUUUGCUCAGCCCCUCGCUCACCCCCUUGCUCGCCCCUACGGUCAUCCCGGCCGGUGCCAAACAAAAGCUCAUCGGAGAGGUGAAGCUCACCAACGACAGCCCAUUGUCGACACUCUUGGCCACCUCAGGCGCCGUUAUGGACCCACCAAAGCAUGGCAACUACCCCAUCAUUCUUAGUGAUGCUUUACUAGGCAAGGCGUCCAAAGAAACAGUCAGUGGCAUUCGCUACAAUCACAAACCGGCCCUCUCGUCUGACAUUGCCCCGAGCCAAUCAAGGCUUAAGCGGUCCGCUAAGGAUGGUUCGUAUAACCUCGGCUUCGAUGAUAACGGCGACAAGUAUCAAUACAAUGGCGUCCGCACUGCAGCAGACGGCCAAUACGUGCUCGUCUUCGACCCAGACCGCAAGGCUUUCGUCCUUCACCAGGUCGAUUCAAUGUUCAACAUGAACAUUGCCAAAACACCGACCGACACCAAUGCCGCGAAGCAGUUCCCUCCUUUGGAUGUCAAGGGCACUAUUCUCGACAAACCGGCCGCGAAGCCAAAGGCAUCAGCAGCCGCAUCCAGGAAUAAGGAAGCGCCUGCCAAGAACGCCCCUGCUGGCAGGGGAAGAGGAGGAAAGUCAGCCCAAAACAAGCAGAAUCCCGCAACAUUACCUCCAUCCAAGCCUGCCUCGCCGCCGCGUGCAGAGGUAGAGGGACACGCAACCAAGCGCCGCAAGCCAACAUCCGCUGAUUCCGAAGACGAGGAUGAGGAUGACGAUGAUGGUGGCUUGACGAUAGAAUACCCCGAUGGUCCCCCACCCGAACGGUUCAAGCCAGCAGUCAACAAGUAUGCUUCUCCUGCUCUCGCCCUGACCCGGCGCUUUUCCGAGUUUGCGGCCGCUUAUAACCCGGACGAGGAAGAGGACGUCAAUAUGGACGCCGAGUUCGAGUCUCGGUUCAAUGAAGACGCCGAUGGAGAAGGUGGCGGAUACGAGGACGACGAUGAGGAAGAGGAGGAAGACGAGGACAUGGUGGAUGCUUUGGCCCUACCCAGCCCGAUCAACAAACCAGCGGCAUUAGCAAGGACCAAUAGCUACCACGAGAACCCAUUGCCUCCUCCUGACCGCUUCAGUUUCGACGAUGGGUCCGAUAUGGAGGCAGAGUUCGAGAACGUUCAAGAAUCAGCGCCGGUCAAUAAUCAGGCCAAUGCCGCUGAUGGUAUUGAUGAUGCCGAGAUUGCUGCUAUGGAGGCGGAACUUGCGAAGGAAUUGGAGAGUGACGUUAGCGAGGAGGAGUAAUCGCGUUCCCGCACCUCGGCAUUUUAAUCAUGGGGUAUAAUUGGUUCAGCAUCUUGAACCUCGUCGGGUAAAUGCAUUUAGUUUUGGCUAUGGAGUUGUCAGCAUUCUGCAAGGGCUGGGCCUUUGAGGAAUAAAGAAACCGGCGUUAGGUUCACAACGGAGCAGUUGGUAAUAAGUAGCGAAAAGUUGAACAGAGGAAGUAAAUUUAGCAAUAAAGUAGUUAUAAUCGGCCUUCAGCAGCUAUCAGGUAGGUAGAUCUACUUAUGGACGGCCAUCAGUGGAACAUAGAAACGGGCUGUAGCCCAGAUGGGAUAUCCUUUGAUGACAACUCUUGAUGACACUCCCUGAUGAGUGAUACAUACAAUCCAUUUUUUUACAAUUCGUUGUGCUCGACCUGUGUAUAUUUAGUCUAUCCCACUUGACGUACAUCCGGUUUCUAA